AUGGCAGAAGGUGAAUCUGAGGGCGACAAAGCUGCCGACCAAGUGCCUGGCUCGUUGCCUGAGGAGUUCUUGCAAUUCCUAGAUGCCAAUGGUGUCCCCAAAGAGGUCUUUACUGGUGCCAUCCGGCAAGAGAUCCCUCGCUAUGUCCGUGUGAAUCCGAGGGUCCUCCGUCUAUGGGCUGCAACUUGCAGCUGUGUCCCACUGCUGACAUUCACCAGAAUUCUGGACCUGAUGAUUUGCGAACGCUGUAACCCUUUGCAAGCUCACGACGUUGUGAUCUGCGAGGAUGCAAGUUGGGCUGCAGCUUUGAUCUUGUAUUUCGCGAGCGGUUGUGAAGGACUCGAUGCAGUAUGGAGCUACAUGGAAGAAAGAAGAAUGCUGCAGAUGGAGCGACUUUCAUUCCUGGCGUAUACCAAGGAAUUGACAACUCUAGUACACAAGUUUGGAAAGCCACCAGUUGGUAUGCUCAAGUUCGAUGAUGAUGACAGACAGCAGGUCAGAGCAUAUUAUGCGUGGCAAUACUUGCAUGUACUUGUAGGUCGCGGAAAUUUCAGCGAUGAAAGGGAGGAAGAAGUUGCUGACAGGCAGAAAGAUCUCCCAGGAAAACGAGCUUUCGAUGUCGCAAAACAAAAAUGGACAGAAGCUCAAUACCAAACAGACAUGGAUGACGUGGCUGACAGGCUCCGUGAAAAUGUUGUGCGAGCAGGGUAUGGUACCAAGCUUCUCACUUUUGAUGCUUUUUGGCAGGAAUUGUGGUGCCUCGGGACUCAAGGAUUUGCAGCACAAUCCAAGUUCAUGCUCAACAUCACACGGAAGCUGAACGGACAAAAGGCUGCCACCAGCAAAAGAUACAUGAUCAGAUUGACCAAGAAGGGGGCGAUUAGCCUACUGUCCAAAGCAGAGCUCAGGAAAAGGCUCGAAGAGGACGGGAUCUGUUCGAGCACCGGAAGUCUCAAAUACGAAGAGGAAGCAGUAAGGACCCUCUUCGCAGGAGAUGUGGUGCACUACUUGAUCUCCGCGUGGGCGACAGCCAAAUUAGAGGAAUCUAUGUACCGGGGCUCAAGCAUUGUGACGGACCUGGGAUUGCAGGCCAUCGAUGAGCUCAAAUUCAUGUUGCGUAUGUCCGAACAUAUGCACAGGCGGACGUGGGCAUUCGCCUACGACUUCCGCAAUUUUAACGCGCAGCAUUCAAAGCAGGAUAUGAAACGCUAUUACCAGUUGCUUAAAGAAGCUGGGACCCAAAUUGAUCACAAUUACGAUUGGAUCAGGGCAAUGGACGGGUUGUUGGAGAGCGUCGACAACACCUGCAGACGUGCCACUGGUGACAAGAAAUUUGUGAGAGCAUUGUCUGGGCUUCUUUUUGGUAUACGUGCAACACAAGGGAUUAACACAUCUAUGAAUAUCUCGUACAUGGACGUGAUAAAUAGAUGCAUUGACAGGAUCAUUCGGAGUACAUUCACCUUAGAUUCGAAAAGCCAUGGUGAUGAUGUGAAUGCUCUGAUCGACAGUUGGUUGUGCGGUAUCCUCAUGUUCUACUGUGCACAAGAGAUCGGCUAUGUUGCACAAGAUCUCAAGGUCACACUUGAAGCUGGACGCACCCAAUACCUUCGCAUUGCAUAUGGAAGGGAUAGAAGCUUGAAUGGCUAUCUGGCUCGUGCAAUCGCAAGGUUUACCAGCACAGAGUGGAAACCACGUUAUCGCAGUUUGCUAGCUGAUAGGCUUGGAGAAUUGAAUGCCCAAAUCAGUUUGCUCAGACGCCGUGGAAUGUGCCAGGAAAUGGCCAAUGCAACAUUUGAUGUGAUGCGACAAUUCUACGGAGGUGAAGGGUCUGGACUGCCUGGCUAUGUGAAGCUUAGUGAUGCACUGGCGCAUAGCUGCGUUGAAUCAAAUGGCGCAGGGAUCUUGCACACAGAAGAUGAUGAAGAGCCGAUCUACUUGAUCGCUGAAUGCAUGCCAAGAGCACCAAUCACACAGCCAACGGGUGAGGUGCUACGUGUAAUCAGCAGCAUGCCCAAGAAAGCAAUCUACAGGUAUUGGCAUUUGCUGGCCGAGAAUUUCCCAGAUAUCAACGGUUUGCACACAGAGAAAACGAGAGAUAGAGAAGUGGCUCGUGAGCAUAUCGGCGAUUGCAUGGCACAGCUGCCAAAGCAUCUUCAGCAUGCUGAUCGGAUGUCAAGGAAUGAGGCGUUCAGGAAUUGGGUACACAAGUGGGAAAAGGCUUACAAAACAGCCUACGAUGCACAGAAUGUGAAAAGGAGCAUUGACCCAAGAAGCCUCAGUCUUGCAAAACAAUUCGCAACUGAAGAUGUCGAAAUCUUGGAAGUGAUUGCACAUGGGCAUGAUCUCGAUUUUUCCACAAGAUCACAGUACGAGCGGUUGACUGGAGCAAUUGAGCGCAAAGGCAUCAGAAUCACAACCUUUGUGACCACUGCGAUCAAGAGGGCAGCGGUAACAAACCGAAUCAAAUAUGUGAUGCCGUUCAUUGACGGAGACUUUGGAGGGUAUUCAGAGCCAGCAGUAUUGAAGUUGGUGCUUGAUGGAAUCCAAUUCAACCAAAUGGCAGGAAAGAUGCUGCCAGCUCAGUUUUUGUCUGUGAUCCGAAACAGAGCCAUUUACAAUUUCGAAAUCAUCAGUCGUGACCUCGAUCUGAUGAGAGCAUUUGUCUAUGCCUACGAAGUAUACAUGUACAGAAAUUUCAUGGCUAGACCACUUUUCCAGAGGGGACCUUUCGCCGACUUGUCUCCGGCAGAGCGGCAGAAGGCCAUCAGCCAAGCGCUUCAAACUGAGCAGAGUGCGGUGCAACUGGUCCAAUGGCUGCGCGCUGGAGAGGUCACCGAUCAUCGCUACAUGGAGGUUUAUGCCUGCCCAGUCCCAUCCUUAGCAGCCCAGUGUGUGAUGUCUUUUAGGGGGUGGCGGAAGGGCAGAUUUCAAGUGGCGUGCGAAAAAGCGAUGGAUUGGGGCGCGGGGUGCAUUUCUUCAUGGACAUGUUGUGGCUUACAAGAGUAA